AUGACAGAUCUGGAUGCCACUAUUGGCCUACAGAGCGAGGAACAAUUCUGGCAAGACCUGAGCAGAAUCCUCUCGACGCAAUGCGAUACCCACGAGAAAAUCGAUGACGCCCUACGCGGAUGGCUCUACUUGGCCAGCGCCUUUAGGGAACAGUUUGGCGACUCGGAUUCCGAGAUAUCGCACUGCGCUCAGCAACUCCUCCACCGCCCCAUCUUCCAGGAAAACAAACAAUACGUUCGCACGCAAAUCGUUUUCAGCUUCCUCCAGGAGGAUGAUAUUAGCCCACUACACAUAAUCUCCAGUUUCCUCCUCGCUGACGGACGAAGCGAUGAUACGGUUUUCGGGCGCAUGAUUACGGAGGGAUGUUUUCCGAGACUAUUAGAGCUGCUGAAUAGCAAUCGGCAGGUGGACUUUCGACUCCACCGUACCCUGCUCGACCUGAUGUACGAAAUGUGUCGCAUGGAACGGCUUCGGACGACGGAUCUCUUGCAGAUUGACGAUGCCUUUGUUGCUCAUCUUCUCCAGCUCGUCGAACAAGGCUCCGGCGACUCGAGCGAUCCAUACCAAUACCUAGUAAUUCGUGUUUUGCUUGUCAUCAACGAGCAAUACAUGCUUGCUUCUACCGAUGCGGAGGCGGCUGGUCCUCUCUCACCCACAUCGCCCCUCACAAACCGAGUCAUCAAACUACUAAGCCUUAAUGGCUCAUCCUAUCGAACUUUUGGCGAGAACAUUAUACUGCUGUUGAACCGGGAAACCGAGACCUCGCAGCAGCUCCUUAUCCUCAAGGUCCUGUACCUAUUGUUCACGACGAAGGCUACGUACGAGUACUUUUACACGAACGAUUUGAAGGUCCUUGUUGACAUUAUACUCCGAAACCUAAUGGAUCUCCCCGACGAAAAAAUGUCUCUGCGCCACACCUAUCUCCGUGUUCUUUACCCCCUCUUAGCCCACACGCAGCUCAACCAGACACCUCACUACAAGCGAGGCGAGAUCGUAAAGGUCCUGCGAAUCCUUGUGGGCAUGGGCAACCACUUUGCGCCGACCGAUGACACGACGUUACGGCUUGUAGAUCGGGUGAACAAAGUGGAAUGGCUAUCGGAACGAAGCGGGGAUUCUUCCCCCGACUCGCCCGAAGCCAAGACUGCCCCGAAGUUCCUGGGUAUCAGUCUAGCCGACUCCCGGGCCGCGAGCUCUGUUAGUGUUGAGGAUGUCGCAGCCGUGAUGGAGAAACCCGGCGUCAAGACUCCCAGUCGAAAGAUAGAGUCUGCCGCCGCCACCCAUGAGCAUGAGUCGGCUGAGCGUGGGAAGAUCGGCGAGGUCCAGGGUGUCCAGAUACCGGUUCCGGUCAUCAAGGUCAAGAAGGCCCUGCCGGAGGUUCCUAAACACCGCCACGGGGUCCCGUUUACGCAGAUGGCGACCCUGCAUGUUAAUGGUACGAAGAAGAUACCACCAAAGACGCCCCCGCCUAGACGGAGGGGCAAGCUCCUCAAUUCCCAAGCCAAGGUGGAAGGUUCCGGAGUGCCAGGACAAUAG